UAACAGACAGGCAAUCGAGACAGGCAGCCGUAAGCUAAAAAAACUGGCGAGGGCCAAUAUUCUCUACUUAUAUCGUGCUUCUCUUAUAAUAUUUUUUAGGAUAGGUCUUUUAUCUAACAAAGCAUUUAUUUAUAUGUGCGCAGAAAGCUCUACCCAGUGGUAUUCUAGUGUUGCUCUUACUGAAGUUUGAUAGUGUCUAUUUCAAUUUUUUAAAUGUAUCUCUAUUUUUUGUUUAAAGUGCUCACUAUUUUUGAUGAUACAAAUUACGACAGUGACUAAGAAAUAAAUAGUGAACCAACUUUACUGUAUCUGUAAGAUGGAGACGGAACCGGUAGGCGAUCAGGGGCUCGAGCUUGAUAAACCUCCAAAUAUUGGCCUUAAGUUAUUACUGAAUCACGAGUACCCCUUACAGAGUAAACAAAUUAUAAGACCAAGGGUCAAUCAAAUGUUUGAAAUGAUGCCCCUUUCCGCGAGGUAUUUUAAGUAUUAUCUUGGUAAAAGGAUACAUAAGAAGCGUCCAAUUAUGGACUAUAUACAUAUGAUAUCAGCACAACGAAUGUAUGGUUGUCCAAUUGGGGGUAUUGGUGGAGGCACUAUUGGCAGAGGGUUCAAAGGAGAGUUUUGCCGUUUUCAACUAUAUCCAGGUCUCUAUGAAUAUGUCACAGUUCCAGAAUGCCAAUUCAUUGUGAACAUAAGAAAUGCUAAAAAAGAAUCUAUAUUCCAGUCUGUUUUGUCUACUUAUGAUAAACCAAAAAAAGCACCAUCAACAUGGGAGUGGAAUCUUAAUGCUGCAGAUUGUGAAUAUACAGCUUUGUACCCUCAAGCAUGGACUACAUAUGAUUUGAGUAAAUAUGGUGUGAGGCUUGUAUGUAAGCAAAUUUCUCCUGUAAUACCACAUAACUACAAAGACAGUAGUUUGCCAUGUGCUGUGUUUGUGUUUUCUGCAAAAAAUGUUUGCGAUGAACAUAGAGAUGUGAGUAUAACAUUCACAUGGACUGAAGUUUUGGGAAACACCAAUAAGAAAAAAUCUGUAGCCAAAUUAGACAUGGAAAGAUACUCAGAAGACUACACAUGUGGUGUUACAUUAGAGCAAAAGAUUUUGGAAACACCAUGUACAUUUACGAUAGCGAAAAAGAAACAAGAAAACGAAACGAUCCAUGAAGGUUAUUGCUUGUGGAGCUCUACAAAGACAUCCAGCUAUGUUUGGGAUUGUCUAAAAAAACACGGGAAAUUAGAACCUGAUCCGAAUUUGACUCCACCUCCUCCUAAGGUCCCUGAUAAAUCGGACAAAGAUAAGGAUGAAAAAGAGAAAAAGGAAAAACAGAAAAAGAUCUAUAAAUGUGAUUCCAUGGGCCUUUCUAGUGUGUUAUCUUUAGAUCCUGGGGGAGUAGGAGCAACGGAGUUUUGCCUUGCUUGGGAUAUGCCAAUUAUUAAAUAUAAAAAAGACAAAAAAGUACAUAAAAGGUUUUAUACGAAAUAUUUUGGAAGCGAUGGAAUCGCCGGUACCAGCAUAGCUGCGUAUGCGCUUAGGAGUUAUAAAAAUUGGGAAAAACAACUCUCCGAAUGGCAAGAACCUAUAUUCACAAAUAGCAAUAUACCAGAUUGGUUAAAAAGUGCCUUAAUGAACGAGCUUUAUUUCAUCGCCGACGGCGGUACGAUUUGGUUUGAUGUACAUGAUGAGUAUCCAGAUACGGAUCCCAGACAUUCAUUUGGAUUGUUUGGAUAUCUUGAAGGACACGAAUACAGAAUGUACAAUACUUAUGAUGUACAUUUCUAUGCCUCAUUUGCUUUAGCACAGUUGUGGCCUAAUUUACAAGUUGUACUACAGUACAUGUUCCGUGAUACUAUAACACAAGAAAGUGAGAAAAGUAGACAGUCACUUUAUGACGGUAAAUCAGUAAAAUUCAAGAUUAAGGAUUCUAUUCCCCAUGAUUUGGGCGAUCCAGAGGAUUCGCCGUUUUCGAAUAUAAACGCGUACAAUAUCCACGAUGUGAGCGAAUGGCGGGACCUGAACCUCAAGUUCAUCCUGCAAGUGAUGCGUGACUACCGCCUGCUGCGAGGCCACACGGCGCCGUUCGCGAGCGAAAGGUACCGCUCGAUGGCGUACAUAGACGACGUUAGAGACGGCACCGAGGACGAUCUGUACUCGCGCUCCACCGGGCAGGCGGACGACUCGGAGCCGUCAGAGGGCGCUACCACCGCCACCGAGGGCAGCCCGGGGCAGGAGGCGCGGCCGUACGCCGUGGGGGACAUACUCGACCUGUUGUACAGGAGCGCGGAACCGGAGGCCGAGGGCUCCAGCCUGGAGCCGCGGCCGGAGCCCCGCGAGCCGCCGGCCGCCGUGUGGGACGCGGCGCGCUACCUCGCCGACAUGUUUCCCUCGUGCGUGGCGCUGCUACGCCGCGCCCGCCACUGGGACCGCGACGGCGACGGCCUCAUAGAAAACGGCGGCUUCCCUGACCAGACGUACGACGCCUGGGUUAUGUUGGGCCCGAGUGCUUAUUGUGGGGGUUUGUGGGUAUCGUCAGUGAGCGUGGUGCGUGCCAUGGCUCGUAUCCUCGGCCAUGAAGCAGAAGAACGUGAGUUUUCCAAGCUACUCGAACAAGCGCAAAACUCAUUUGAGAACAAACUGUGGAAUGGAUCGUACUACCGAUUCGACACGUGCCCCGCGAACAGUCGCGUGGUGAUGGCUGAUCAACUUGCUGGACAUUGGUUUCUACGCGCCUCUGGCUGGACAGAAGAUGUGUUCCCUGAUGCUAACGUGAAGAAAGCUCUGUCUACUAUAUAUGACAACAACGUACUAAAGUUCAAAGAGGGCCGCAUGGGCGCCGUGAACGGUUACGUGACCGGUGCCCGCGGACACGUGGAUACUACCGCGCUGCAAAGCGAGGAGAUGUGGACCGGAGUUACUUACGGACUGGCCGCACUCAUGAUAUACGAAGGCAUGCACGAGGAAGCAUUCGUAACAGCUGGCGGUCUACAUAAAACAUUAACUCAAAUGGGCUUAUCCUUUGAAACCCCGGAGGCUCUCUAUGAAAAUGGGAAUCAUCGGUCUAUAGCGUAUAUGCGUCCUCUAGCUAUUUGGGCCAUGUAUCAGGCCAUUUUAGCGAGACCACCCCAGCAUUUGCCAGUAGCUAAUGGACAAGUUCGUAACACCAAAGAAAACACCUUAUAGUAAUAAAUACGUAAUUAUAAUUUUUAUGGUGACUAUUAAAGAAAAUUAAAGAUUUUUCUGCAUAGGAAAAAUCUAUUUUAUGUUGUAUGAUCCUAAUUUUAAUACGCAGCUUUUGCGAAAUAUUGCUUCGACUAACUGAAAUUGUUGCGUGUAUUUAUGUCUUCAUCCAAUAUAAGAAUGUAAACAUUGGAUUUGAUUUUGAUACUAGACAAAAUUUUAAAAUAUUAUUAUGGAAAUGAUUAAUACGUAACAUAAAUUUUGUAAAAUCGUUAUAUGUACCUAACAAUAAUGUUGUUUGAUAUGGUGACUGUAUUUGUUCUGUAAGAGCAAUAGUAACACCAAUGAAUGGGGGAAAAUAUUGAAUGCAAAGUGAUACUAAUUAAUAUCCAUUACAUACUGCUGCUUAAAAAUAAUUCUAGAAUCACUAUUUACAGACAGAAUCCAAUCCUUUAUAUCCUUUCUAUUCUUUUAUUUUUCUUUAGCCGGCUAGAUUUUCCAAUUUGUAAAUAAUUAUGGUACAUUCUCGGUAUUAUGAUUAGAACAGCUGUUAUAAACAGAAUUAAUUGAAUCGGAGAGUACAUUUUUUUCCUAAAAUCUACAAAAUAAAUAUUGAGCUGUGAAAAAUAAAAGAAUAGAAGGGUUAAAAAAAUUUUUGACGUUAUUUUUGAAGAAUCUAAUGUUGCCAAACAUGACUGGGUUAUAUAAUCAAAGAUGUAUGCUCUUUCUGGUUUGUUUUGUAUCUAAUCUGAGAUAAUGCCUGAUUGCAAAAAAAAAAGUAACUACGUCAAUGGUUCAUGUAUUCAUAUAAAAACUAACAAAAUUAUUCUAACAAGUUUGCGUCUGAUCUAGUUUUUAUUUUUACUGAUGAUAUAUUUUGUAAACAAUCUUGGAUCGACUUUUUAUCAUAAUUGUCAUUUAAAAAAUAAUAUACAAAAUAAUAAUUAAAACCUUAAUUUUAGUGAUUUGUUCAUUUUAUGCGCUGUUUUAUAGAUAUAUAAAAAACACGUCAAACUGGUUACUAUAUUCUGCACGCUGUAGCAUGGUGCGGGUGACAGCUGACAUUUUUGGCAGUUAUAGGUGUAAAAGAGCUGUGAGAUUUUUAGUGUAAAUUUUUUACGUGCGCAAUACCGCGUGCGUUUUAAAAUUGUACACGCGCGAACUUACUAAUAUGUUAACAGCUUACUGGGCCUCGCUAGGCAAAGACCGCGCAGAAUGAACUGGAUGGCAUGAGAAAUAAGAAGACCGUUGGACUUAGUUCAUCCCAAUGACCAGCACAUUUUCAUGUCCGGCGUGUUAAACGACCGGAGAGUGGCAAAUUGCCCCGUGUUGUUUGCAACCGACCAAAGUUUCCCUUCCUUUCCACCUUUUCAUCCCUUCAAGAGGAUGUGAGAUGACACGGAGUAAUUAGAGUCAAAAUCAUACUAUCAUAUUUGAUUCUUUGACAUAAGCAAACGUUUCUUUGAUUUGUCAUUCGUACCAUGCAAUAUCGUGCAAAUAAUAUGCCAGAGUGUAUCUCAUGUGAAAAAGGCUGUAACGGGUAAGUUCUACAGCGAUAAAAUUAUUUUCCAUCUGUCGGUCUCGUUCAUAAAGAUAAUAAUAGAAAUAAAUUGUAUACUUUUGUGAAAUUCUGUCCACAGAGACAAUAUUUUUUCAUUAAAUAUUUAUAGUUAUAAUUUCUGACCUCAAUAUUUCAGGUCAUUUUAUUAUUGGCCAUUAAAAUUAUUAUAAGAAUAUACAUUGUGAUAUUUCUUGCUAGCGGAAAGAAAAAAAAAUAUGCAAUUUUUUUACAUUAUGCAUUUAUAUUUUUUCUCUUUUUUACCUAAGUAUUAAUUGUUGUACCAAUGAAAUUGUAACGAAAGUAUUGUUAAGUUACUACUUAUGGUUCUUUUUAUUGAAUUGUUUAAUUAUGUUUAAUUUAAAUAUUAAAUUGUGUGUAAUUGUUAUAUAAAUUUACAAAAACGUGGUCAAACCAUAUGUGUUACCCUGUAUAUAUAUGUUGUGAUUUUAAAUGUAGUAUUUUAUUUUAACCGCAAGGGAUUAAUUAGAUGCCAAAUGAAGUCAUUUUUAUUCUUAUCAUUUAUUUUCAAAUAUGUAGUACAUAUAAAUGCAUUUUGGAACACGUUAAUAUAAAAAUAUGAAAAAUCA